GGACCUGGUGGUGGCUGCAGCCUGCAUGGCGGAGCCCGGAGACGGGGCAGAGUUAGCGCCGGCGGAGUCGGAAGCGCUCCUACUCAUGGCCAGCGGCGGCGGGGAGGGUGACGCGGAGGAGAUCGUGGAAGUGGUCGACCUGGAGCCACCUGGACCUGAUGAUUUAGCCAAUGAGAUGGAAGAUGUGGAUUUAGAUGAAGAAGAGGCUGCUUGGGAGACUGAAGAAGAAGAUGAGGGUGUGGAGGAAGGCAUGGAAGCCCAGGAUGACAGUGAGGUCACUUUCUCCAAGCACACAGCUUCUGUUUUCUGUGUCAACCUUGACCCUAAGACCAAUACAUUGGCAGUAACAGGUGGCGAAGAUGACAAGGCCUUUGUGUGGCGUGUCAGUGAUGGCGAGCUCCUUUUUGAAUGCACAGGUCACAAAGACUCUGUCACGUGUGCUGGUUUCAGCUACGACUCCAUUUUCGUGGCCACAGGUGACAUGAGCGGCCUGAUCAAAGUCUGGCAAGUGGACACCAAGGAGGAGAUAUGGUCUUUCGAAGUGGGUGACUUAGAGUGGAUGGAGUGGCACCCUAAGUCCCAUGUCCUCCUGGCUGGCGUAGCUGAUGGGAACUCCUGGAUGUGGAAGAUCCCCAGUGGAGAAUGCAAGACCUUCCAAGGGCCGAAUUGUCCAGCUACAUGUGGUCACAUCCUUCCUGAUGGGAAGAGAGCUGUGGUUGGUUAUGAAGAUGGGACAGUACGCAUCUGGGAUCUGAAGCAAGGCAGCUCAUUGCAUGUCCUAAAAGGUCAAGAUGGGCACCAGGGCCCUUUGACGUGUGUGGCAAGCAAUCAGGAUGGCAGCUUAGUCCUGACAGGAUCCGUUGACUGCCAUGCCAAGCUGGUGAACUGUGCAACUGGAAAGAUUGUAUCUGUUUUCAAGGCAGAAAACAUUGUCCCCAAGCCUUCAGCAGGAGAAGCUGAAGAGGCGGAAUCCAACUCAGUAGAGUCUCUGGGCUUCUGCAAUGUGAUGCCAUUGGCAGCUAUUGGCUAUUUGGAUGGGACGUUGGCUGUUUAUGACCUUGCCGCACAGACCCUGAGACACAAGUGCCAGCAUGAGUCAGGGAUUGUACAGCUCCUGUGGGAGGGGGGCUCACCGGUGGUCUACACCUGCAGUCUGGAUGGGGCUGUGAGCCUCUGGGAUGCACGUUCGGGCAAGUUGAUCAGCGAGUACCGAGGACACUCGGCUGAAAUCCUGGACUUUGCUUUGAACAAGGAUGCUUCCAUUGUGGUUACUACUUCUGGUGAUCACCAGGCCAAGGUGUUCUGUGUGCAGCGUCCUGACCGUUAACGGUGGUAAAUUUGGGCAGAGACUGGCUCUGUGAAGAAAGAGGCCCGAGUGGAUGCAGGCGAGGACACCAGCAGGACAGUGGCAGGCGGGCGGGCUUCGCGUCGCCACAUCUCAGGGGGCAUCUAACCUUUUUUCUGAGGGAAAAGCUUGGGCAUCUUGUUCCCUUGCUGGCUAAUUUUGCCACCUUAUCUCCCCAUGGGCUAAUUUUCAGGAAUUUUAUAUGAGAGGUUUUUAAUUAUUCCACAGGUCUGAUGCUUUGUCAAGGUACAAAGCUGAUGAGAUCUUAUAAUAUUUUGAUUUGAGGGUGGAUUAUUAGCAGGACAGAGACUGAGAAAGUGAGCUGUACCUUAGGCUGGGCUCUGCCAUUUUGUCCAGGUUGGGAAUGGCCUUUGCCUAAGUUCUGAAGAAAUGUGGUUAGGGCCAUGGUCUUCCGUGUUCCCUUCCAAUGGCAGGGAUAAAUGAAUUGCUUCAAAAACUCUGAAAUGACAAGGAAGCACAUCUUCUCUUGCUUUUUCUAUAAGUCAAGCAAUAAGAGAUCAGUCAGACGUCACCCACCCAUAAAAUGUUAUUCACAAGUGCAGAGCAUCAAAGUUGGGCUUAGAGUAUAUAGAACAUUGUGGCCUCGGGCAUUGGAUCUCUCAAAAAACAACAACAACACAACCUGUUCAAAUAAUAGCACUUGCCCUUGUUGUCAAGACACUAUGAUGAAAUUUUAAAAAGGAAGGCUACCUCCUCCAUGAGGUCAUGCUUGACAUUCUGGUUGAUUUGUCUGGAGUCAGCUUGACUAGUGUGUCAGACUAUAGCGUAAUUCUUUUCUAACAUUUGCCUGCUGACUUUAAAAGAGGACUGGAAUGCAUGUGGAUAGGAAAAUAAAAUUUUAAAAGCCCUUGUUCAUUUCCUAGCCAAUUCCUUGGUCUCAGCUCCCAAAACCCAACUGAUCGGUGGUCCUGGAUUUACAUCAUAGCAGGCCUGACCCGGUUAUUAGACAGGUAUGUGCAUAUAGGUGCAACUACUUUAGGCAGAUUAUUGGCUGUGGUCUAUUAGGGUAAUAAUGACUUUAGUGGAAACACAGAAACUCUUUUGCCACACCUUUGAAAUGCCUCCUGAUCAACAAGAAUGCUAGAGUGGACACUCUGCCAGCUCCUCUUCAAAGAACCCUAAUUCCUUUUUUGUUGUGAAGGCAGCAGAGUAGAAAGGAGAAGGAGAUAUUUGAGAAAAAACUUGUGGUCUCUUACAAGAAGGUUGCAAAAGAGGCUAUUUGUCCUGCCUGCCCUUCUGCCCAACAACCUAUAAUGGCAAACGAGACUUUUUUGAAAUCCAUCAUUUUCUACGCUGGGUGUAAGUGUGACAGAGAAGUGGAAAAUGCUUUGGAAUGGGCAACUCCUCUCUUCUUGUAUGGUGAUAUCAAACCACUGUUAGCCUCGAGCUUUGUAUUUUUCUCUGUUCAGAGGACCAAAAGUGGGGUCGUGGUGGUGGGUGGUUUCCACAUUCUAGUACGGUAUAGAAAAUGGAAGAGCAGGGAAGAGAGGAAGACAAAUGUUUGACCAUGGAGAUUGAAGGCUAAACAGGUGCUUGUUAUAAGAUGCAAGAUGUUGGGAUGGAGGAGCAAAAUCUGGUAUGAGCCUGUUCCACUACUAUUCAGAAGCUGGUAUCUAGUUUCAGAGAUGUCACAUAAGUUGUUCAAAAGCGGUCUGAAAUAUAAACUUUAUUCUUCUUUGAGGAGGGUUGUAGCAGGCUACUCUGAAAUCUCAGCCAACUCAGGCCUUCCAGAGUACCCACUACUCUUCAUACUGCUGCCACCAAAUAUAAUUACUGCUUAAGGAGGACAAAGGUUUCUUUUAAAAACAAAACUGGUUUAUUGGUUCACAAAAUAAAAUAUGUAAAUCACUGGAAGAUAA